AAAAGCUUGCUGAACCGUCGUCGUAUUCUGGAUUUCAAGACUGUGUUUGUCAGCGAGGGAAUACCGGGAGCGGAGUCAGACCCCAGUGUACAAGAUAAGGAGAAAGAGCUGGAUCCAUUCACCUAUGACUAUGAGAGCCUCAGGAUUGGAGGACUGGUGUUUGCAGUGGUGCUCUUUGCUCUGGGCAUCCUCCUCAUUCUUAGUCGAAGAUGUCGUUGCAGCAUCAACCAGAAACCAAGGGUCCCUUGCGAUGAGGAGGCACAGGCAGAGAACCUGAUCAUCACCAAGGCCUCAGCAACCACAGAGACCCCCAAAGAGGAGAACUGAAGACUUCACACCUGACCUUUGACCCCUGAACCCAACCCCUGACCCCCCAAAAAAACAGCUGUCGGCUUUUGAAUCACUACCUGCUUACAGUUUACCUACCUACCCACGCUAACCACACCACACACGUACACACCUGGCACACCACACACACACAUACACACACACACAUACACACCAUAUGCCACACACAUUGAAAGAUGGGUUACAUGAUGUAGGAUAUGAUGGUGACGAUGAUGAAUGUAACUACUGUAAAGGUAGGAGAGAGAGAUGGUUAAGGAGGAAGGAGGGAUGGAGGAGAGGAGGGAUAGAGGAGGAAUGGAGAAACUGUGUACAUACAUCUCUAGUCUGUUGUGUGCUCUGUGACUGUGCCAGUGUCCCAGUACUCCUGUCUAUACUUUGUUACCGUGCCUUUUUGCAACACUCUGUCUACAGCUUGUUGUCUUAGCCUACACCACCCUCUGCUGAUUGUGUCAAUAUCCUAGUUCUCCAGAGAACCGCCAAUGGUGUCAAUGUUAUCUGUAUUUAGAAUACCUUGUGUUUCUGUUGUCUUUCGGUUCUGGAGGUUAGCUGGUGUUUUGUUUGCAAGUUGUUGUUCUUGUUGUUGUCACAAUCUUGUAACUCUUUGUCUUUAUAUUGUUCCCACCUGCACUAAAUAAAGUAUAUAUAGAGAGUAAUUAUAUAUAUAUUAUUUAGGACAAUGUCGGUAGGGGUUAUGAGUGUGUGUGUGUUUUAGAUGUUUGACUGUAUGUAAGAGAUAGGGGUAGGAAGGUAAGGAUUGUCUGUGUGUGUGUGUGUGCCCUCUAAGGCAGACUGUGGUUGGAGGAUUCGCCACAUACUAGUGCCACAAACCCAUGUUUGCUUAUUAUGUUCUUAAGGUUUAGGUAGCCUGUUGUGUAAUAAAUCUAACGGCCAAUAGCAUCUCACAGUUUUGCAUGACUCAACAGUGUAGUUGAUGGAAGAAUGUGUGUGUGUAAGUGUGUGCGUGCUCACAAGAUUUGCAAUUCACAUUCACAUGCGUAGCAGGGUCAUGAUAAAGGGAGUGGACAUGUAUCUCCACCUGUAUCUAAAGUGCAAUGAAGACUCAGCCUCCUGAACAACUAGCUACUCUGGUCAACCAGUGCACAAGGCUGUUUACUGUAGCUGAAUUUUGUGCUUUUCACCCUGUAAAUAAAGUGUC